CCUUCUGCCAGCCGGGCGCGUUUUCCUUCCAGCAGCAUCGCGCCGAGGGGCUGGGCAUCUGUCGCGGCCGCUGCCUCCUCUUCGCCUCCAGUACCGUCGAUCGCCCAGACGCCUUCCUCCUCGCCGCUGCACGCCGCACAAGCUGGAAGAUGGCGGCUCAGAGCCUACUCUCCCGGUUUGCCCGCAGCCUCCUGGCUGCUUCUCGCAGGGGAGCCGGACGUGGCACGGCGCAGCUUGCCCUCGGAGCCCAGGCGAAGACUUGUGGCUGCUAUUUUUCUACCUGCGCCUGUCACAAUACCAAGUUUUAUACUGAUCCAGUGGAAGCCGUGAAAGACAUACCAAAUGGGUCUACUCUUCUUGUGGGCGGUUUUGGGCUCUGCGGAAUUCCCGAGAACCUCAUAGGAGCUCUGCUGAAAACUGGUGUCAAAGGGAUAACCGCUGUCAGCAACAACGCAGGGGUAGAUAACUUUGGACUUGGACUUCUACUCCAGACCAAGCAGAUCAAACGCAUGGUGUCAUCCUAUGUUGGAGAGAAUGCAGAAUUUGAACGGCAGUAUUUAUGUGGAGAACUGGAAGUUGAGCUUACACCACAGGGCACCCUUGCUGAGCGCAUCCGAGCAGGAGGAGCAGGCAUUCCGGCUUUUUUCACCAGCACAGGCUAUGGGACUCUAGUGCAGGAGGGAGGGGCGCCGAUCAAAUACAACAAAGAUGGUACCGUUGCCCUUGCAAGUCAACCAAGAGAGGUGAGGGAGUUUGAUGGUCGGCAUUAUAUUAUGGAAAGGUCGAUAACAGGAGAUUUUGCCCUAGUGAAGGCAUGGAAGUCUGAUCGUGCUGGAAAUAUUAUUUUCAGGAAAACUGCAAGAAAUUUUAACCAGCCCAUGUGCAAAGCUGCCAGAACAACUGUGGUAGAGGUAGAAGAAAUUGUUGAUGUAGGGUCAUUUGCCCCUGAAGAUAUUCAUGUCCCCAAGAUCUAUGUCCAUCGCCUCAUCAAAGGGGGAAAGUUUGAAAAAAGAAUUGAGCGAUUAUCUCUCCGCAAAACUGAAGAUACCCAAAGCAAAAAGAAGACAGCCGGUGAUAAUGUGAGGGAGAGGAUCAUAAGGAGAGCAGCUCUUGAAUUUGAGGAUGGCAUGUAUGCUAACCUUGGUAUUGGCAUUCCACUGCUUGCCAGCAACUUCAUUAGUCCUGACAUCACCGUUCAUCUACAGAGUGAAAAUGGAGUUCUUGGCUUGGGCCCCUAUCCAACUGAAGAUGAAGUUGACGCGGACCUCAUCAAUGCAGGUAAAGAGACAGUCACUGUGCUUCCAGGCGCGUCGUACUUCUCUAGUGAUGAAUCUUUUGCAAUGAUUCGAGGGGGACAUGUUGAUUUGACUAUGCUUGGAGCAAUGCAGGUGUCUAAAUAUGGUGAUCUAGCCAACUGGAUGAUUCCUGGUAAGAUGGUGAAAGGAAUGGGUGGUGCCAUGGAUUUGGUGUCCAGUGAAAGGACUAAAGUGGUUGUCACAAUGGAGCACUCAGCAAAGGGAAAUGCCCACAAAAUUUUGGAUCACUGCACUUUGCCAAUUACUGGGAAACAGUGUGUGAAUCGCAUCAUAACUGAAAAGGCUGUGUUUGACGUAGAUAAGAAAAAUGGGCUGACUCUGAUUGAAAUCUGGGAAGGCCUGUCAGUGGAUGACAUCAAGAAAAGCACUGGUACUGACUUCGCAGUUUCACCAAACCUCACACCAAUGAAGCAAAUUUCAACCUGAGAAGUAGACUGGAUUUAGUAUCUUCCAUACUUCCAGUAAAGGGGAAUCAAAUGUCUGUUUUGCAAUUACACAUUUUAAAGAGGUUUUUGUAAGUAGUUUCUUUGGUAGUUAGCGCCAGGCUGACUAUGUAUCUAUAACUCCAUAAAUGUUUGUUUGCACACAACAGUACUGUUUCCAAAACUAAACUCAAUUUUGUACCUAGAUAUUUUUAGCUAUCAUAUUGCAGGGUUGAUAGGUUUGUCAAUACACAGUGGCAAGAGGCAUUGGCCCAGUGUGAUGGUUGUAUCUCAGUUUGUAAAAUUGAGAUUUGUAUGCAUGCAACUCUUCCUCAGGAGCUGUGAUCAAACCAGGAAGACUAAACAGUUUCUACUUUGUCCGAGCCCUGAAACCAUGGCUACCAGCCUGAGAACAAUCUAGGACCUUAAAUCGGCUCAAACCCAUCUGAACAAGGCCAGUGCCUUCUAGAUGUGAUCUUAAUGCUGUCAGUUUGGACAGAAGCCACUUCCUCAUGCCAACCAUGCCAGCUUGCAAGUGCCUGUACAUCAACUGCAAUUAUGCACACACAGAAAGGCAUCAGACAACAUGUUGGCCUAAACUAUGUGAAUGAUCAUAACUUUGGAUAUUUGGGUGUUCUAAGUCCAGAAACCAAGGAAAGGUGCUUGCCUUUGAGAUUUCCAAUGGUGAAGGGAUGGUGUUUCUGCGCUCGGCGUGACACGUUCCUCUUCAGAGAAGCAGCAUCAAAAGCACUUAUUUGUUGACAGUACAAAUUAUAGACAAAAUGUCUAUGUAUGAAAACUUGAGCAUGGAGAUUUGCUUAAAUUGCCUACAUUAUUUGCAAAAAAUUUGGGUUUCCCAGGCAUAAGAUUUUGAUAUUUGAUUUGCUGAAAUAUACAUAGCCCUGGGUUGCAUAUGAAAAGUGCGUUGUUCAGCUUUGGGAUGGGGAAAACUUUGUUGCAAUGGAAAUUUAUUGUCAUAACAAUAUCGUGGUGGCUUUUUUUUCAGACCUUUUAAUAGAAAUAUAUACACAAGUGCACAUGCACAUCUCAUGUGUGGAAUUCUGCCUUUCUGUUGUUAACAAUGAAUCAUUCGCACAAAUGUCUAAUGACUCCAAUGGGAGCAAGGCAGGGUCUGUUUUUUUUUUUUAACUGCAAUUGUUAUACCAUUUAUGCAUUGUAUAAAAGUUAAACCAUCUGAAGUUAGAAUUAAAACAGUGCCAGAUAACAACUGUCUAUCUUUCUUGGCCUGGGCAGUCCCAAGAGUUUGUACCUUUUCCCCACUCCAAAGCUUCUUGAAAUAUGAGAUUAAUAAGACAGAAAUCAGUUAGGGAUGAUCAGACAUUUUUGCAUUAGGAAAAAAUCAAGUACUUGAAGAAAGCCAUAUGUUGUAAUUGAUGGCUGAUCUUGGAUUGUCUAGUUUAAGAAUCAGGGUGGAUAACUUGUUUCAAAUCCCUGUUCAGCCAGUUCAGCUUAUUGGGUGGCCUUGGGGAGAAACAGUCUCAGCUUACGCUACCUCCCAGGUUUGGGAUGCCAUUCUUGAGCAUCUCAGAGCAGUGUUGGACUGCAGGUGCUACUGUUCUGUUCCAAACCUUUGAACUUGCCUUCUGUUGCAUUACAUGCGUGCGGUUGGGCGUCUUUGAGAGGGAGUUGUCCUGUGUCCUUGCCUCCUUCUGAUAAGCCAGAUCUUGCCUCCUUAUUAGUGCUGGCAAAGUAAAACAGAACAAGCCUGGAGCACUUUGUUCACGAUUCUGCUUUGUCCAUGUAGCGUUCCUGGAAAAACUCUUUUGAGCCUGAUGCUGAAACUAAUGCUACUUGAAGCCCUUUAUGUGAGUUCAAAACUCAGGCCUCAGUCCAUUCUAUCUCCAUUUGCCAAUGCUGUUACCAGAGGCCAUCACAGUUUGCAGCCAAUAAUGUGUUGGGCUUCCAGCUGACUGGAUCCAGACUUGGAGCCUACCCAAUGGAAUCAACAGAACUCAAAUUACUCACAAUUGACACGCCAUGCUAAUUUUCGAGGGUCCUCUCUAAGCACUACUAAGUCUGUAUCCAAGCCAGCAUUACUAUUUUCUGGAGAAGUAACCAAUUGGUAUGCUAUGUCCGUAGGAGGUUUAAAACCGAGGGUAGGUAUUGGCAUUGAUUCAUCAGUGCUGAAUAAGGGGCACUGCAUGCCCUCUGUGCCAUUGGAUUAUGUGACAGUGCAAACAAAGUGACUGGUAUUCUCAGUCGGCGAUACCCAGCUCUGUGUGCAUUUGAAUGUGUGUGGGGCAGCAACCCCUUACUACCCCCUUCCUCCAUUUGUGGGUUGGACUUCUACAUCCCUGAAAUAAGUAAAUUAGGGAGCAGCUAUGAAAGGCCAUUGAAAGAUGAGAACUAGAAUUUUUCACUUCUCCUGCAUGGCAUGUUAAGGUCUGGAUACUAGCAAAGGACUAGUGGAUGUCAUUGUCCACUUGGAUGGAAAAGCAUUUCAUGACAAGAACAGUUGCUGUUUGCUGCUUCUUAGUUUGGAAAAUGUUGCCAUUGGUGCUGGACACAUGACAGAUACUAAAGAAACUGCACAUUGCAGUGAAAAAUGGAGUUCCCAUCAUAUUAGAACAGGUUUCCCCAAUGUGGUGUCUUCCAGAUGCUUUGAACUACAGUUCCCAGCGUUCCUGUGUAUUGGCCAUGCUGGCUGGAGCUGAUGAGAGUUGAAGCCCCAAAGCAUCAGGGAAAUAUUAGAUUGGAGAAGGCUGUGUUAGAGCAAUGGGCAGCAGUCACCCCAUGAGAUUGAUGCAUAGAAUUGAUGCACAGUAGCUUCAAGACAAAAAAAAAGGAAGUGUUUCUUUGCAUACACACAUAUUAUAUAAAUAAGGCAUAGCUAACUUAUGGACUUUGCUGGCAGCGUGGUGGUGAUGGCUGUUGGCAGAGAUGGAUUUAAAAGGGGAAUAGACAGAUGAGGGGAGGCCUACAGGCAGCAGUUAGCUAGGACAGCUAUAUACAGCUGCCACUUGAGUGGAUUGAAUACCAGCUUCUGGAGAUGACAGCAGUUGCAGGUUCCCCCAGCAUGGUGGCCUUCAGAAAUCUCAUUCCUCAAAGGGACUAUUGGCUGUGCUGGCUGGGAAUGAUAGGAGUUAUUGGCCAAACACACCUAGAUAGGCUGCCAAGUUGGGAAAGGGUUUGGUUGUGGGCUUCUCAAAUGCUCCCAGUUAAACCGUGUUGAGGAACAGGACGCUGGGCAAGAUAGACCUUUUGUCUAAUCCAGCAGGGCUUUCUUACAUGUUUACAAAACAAACAAAACACCAGUUUCUGUUCAAUAUCAGGCAAUGUGUGCAGAGUAACAGGAAUGAUGCUCUCCCCUCUCCCCUUCAGUUUAUAGUUUGCUUGCUUUCAUGUUGUAUGUCGUCAUGCUUUUGGUUCUGUUCAUUGACAAACCAACUGGCAAAAUAUAAACAGCUGAGGGAGCUACUGAAUGUACUGUAAACUGUGUGUCCAGGUAUCUUUUAUAUGUACUUGCAAACAGUCAAUAAAUCAAAUUGCAAAAAUA